ACCAAGACGACGAAGAAGAGUUGCAUCCCACUUAAUAAUUAGCAGACACCAAACAACUCUCUCGUUAUGUCAUAUUUAUAAACCACAGCCAUCUCUUGUCGGGUAUUUAUGUUAAAAAGCGCGUGAUAUGUUGGCAAACCGCUACUUACACGCUUGACGCUAGUUAGCCACCGCUAGCUUGUUAUUAGCUCAUUUUAGCUUCUUUAGCUUGUGACAAAGAUGAGCGACGACGACGCGUCGAGCCGCAAAGACUCCUCCAAGGCCAUCCUGCUCACCAAGGACGGCCAGCGAUACAUCGUGGGCGACAGCCGCUCGGUGGACAGCCGCGACGUGAUCACGCUCAUCCCCAUGGAGGCCGCCGCCGACCUCAUGGACCUGGACGACGCCGACGAGGAGAGCGACGUGCUGGACGCGUCCGACCCGCGGGACAGCGCCGCCAGCCCGGAGGAGCUGAACGACGACGAGGCGUCGGAGGGCGACGGCGCCGCGCCCAAGCAUUGCACCUACGACGGCUGCACCGAGACCACCACGCAGGUGGCCAAGCAGCGCAAGCCGUGGAUGUGCAAGAAACACCGCAACAAGAUGUACAAGGACAAGUACAAGAAGAAGAAAAGCGACCAGGCCAUGUCCACCAACAAAAUGGAUGACAACUGCGAGGAGCGUCCCGUGUCUGUCAACAAGCAGCGUUUGGGGGCCAUGGGGGACCGGCCAGCCAGACCCUCCCUCAUCGAGCAGGUGCUCAAUCAGAAGAGGCUGUCGCUGCUGAGGAGUCCCGAGGUGAUCCACUUCCUGCAGCAGCAGCAGCACAUCCUGGCGGCGCAGAGUCGAAGCCUGGCACUGCAGCACAACUUUAGCGGAUGCUGACCAUACGCGCACGCGCCUAACAGUCAACCAUUCUAUUAUUUAUUUAUUAUAUUGACAUUUAAGAAAACAGCAAUACAAGCUGCUUUUUUGGGGGGCCUUUUGUUGUUUCCCUUGACUUGAUGAUUUUGUUGUUUGUUGUUGCUGUCAACUGGAGUUUUGUGCUUUGUGGAAAAAGCUCAAAUGUUUCAAGUCUGCUGAUGUUUAAGUUGCACUAACGGAAGAAAAGAAACAAAACAAGGAUGUUUUAUGGUCAACUGCACAAGCUGAGACCACUGUGGCGAAUGAAAUAAAAUCUUUGCAAUUA